AUAAAUCUCAAGGCAAAAACAUUUCAGUCCCUUUGACAGAGCGAAGAAAACCGACCUCCUCUUCUCAUUCAUUAUAUUCAUCCCUGUCUUAUGGAGGAGGACAGGGAAGACUGACGUUAGACCUUAUAAAGAAAGAAGAAACUCAGAAAAAAGAAAAGAACAAAGGGAAAAAAGCUUUUGGUUCAAGAGUUUUCUUCUUUCUUCUCUUGUAAACGAAGACCUCUUCCUGUAAUUAAUUGGCUCCUUGUUUUUCAUCGUCUGUAUCCGAUGGCUUCCAAUGAUGAUAUCUCAUUGGAGCAAAUAAAAAAGGAGACUGUUGAUCUUGAGAAAAUCCCUGUGGAAGAGGUUUUUAAAGUGUUGAAAUGCACGAGAGAAGGUUUGACAACAGAAGAAGGAGAGAAGAGGCUAAGCAUUUUCGGUCCUAACAAGCUUGAAGAGAAAAAAGAGAGCAAAUUCCUAAAGUUCUUACGGUUUAUGUGGAAUCCGCUGUCGUGGGUGAUGGAGGCUGCCGCCAUCAUGGCCAUUGUUUUGGCCAAUGGCGGAGGCAAGCCUCCUGACUGGCCAGAUUUCGUUGGUAUAGUUACUUUGCUUUUAAUCAAUUCAACCAUUAGUUUUAUAGAGGAAAACAGCGCCGGCAAUGCCGCUGCUGCUUUGAUGGCAGGUCUAGCACCCAAAUCAAAGGUGUUGCGAGACGGGAAAUGGAGCGAACAAGAGGCAUCAAUUUUGGUACCUGGAGAUAUAAUUAGUGUUAAACUAGGAGACAUUAUCCCGGCGGAUGCUCGUCUCUUGGAGGGUGAUAUUCUCAAAAUCGAUCAGGCAGCUCUCACCGGUGAAUCCCUACCCGUUACAAAGAAUCCCGGUGAUCAUGUCUUCUCUGGUUCCACCUGCAAACAAGGUGAGAUCGACGCUGUUGUUAUCGCCACCGGUCUCCAUACUUUCUUUGGCAAGGCUGCUCACCUUGUUGACAACACCAACAACGUCGGUCACUUUCAACAGGUGUUGACAGCCAUUGGUAACUUUUGCAUCAUCUCUAUUGGUAUCGGAAUGGUGAUUGAGAUCAUAGUGAUGUACCCGAUUCAGCAUAGGAAGUAUAGAGAAGGUAUCGACAACCUGUUGGUGCUUCUCAUUGGAGGGAUCCCAAUAGCUAUGCCUACAGUUUUGUCUGUGACAAUGGCUAUUGGUUCCCACCGGUUGUCGGAACAAGGAGCCAUUACUAAGAGGAUGACUGCCAUUGAAGAAAUGGCAGGGAUGGAUAUAUUGUGCAGUGAUAAGACCGGGACUCUAACCCUCAACAAGCUAACAGUAGACACGAGCCUUGUCGAGGUGUUCGCUAGCGGAGUGGACGUCGACACCCUUAUGCUGACUGCUGCUAGGGCUUCGAGGGUUGAAAACCAGGACGCCAUCGAUGCUUGUAUUGUAGGGAUGUUGAUCGACCCCAAACAGGCAAGGGCUGGAAUCACUGAGGUACACUUCUUGUCCUUCAACCCUGUUGAUAAGCGCACUGCCAUUACCUACAUUGACAGCAAUGGUGAGUGGCAUCGUGCCAGCAAGGGCGCUCCGGAGCAGAUUAUUGACCUUUGCGGGCUCACAGGCGGCUCGAGGAAAAGGGCGCUCAAUGUCAUCGACAGCUAUGCCAACCGUGGCCUUCGGUCCUUGGGAGUUGGUAGACAGACAAUUCCAGAGAAAACAAAGGAAAGCCCCGGAGGACCUUGGGAGUUUGUGGGACUAUUGCCUCUCUUUGAUCCUCCGAGGCAUGAUAGUGCCGAGACCAUUAAACGGGCACUUGAACUUGGCGUCAGUGUCAAGAUGAUCACCGGUGACCAGCUCGCUAUUGGAAAAGAGACUGGCCGGAGACUUGGAAUGGGGACUAAUAUGUAUCCUGCUUCUGCACUAGUUGGCCAGUGUCAGGAUGAGUCUCUUGCUAACAUUCCUAUUGAUGAUCUCAUUGAGAAAGCUGAUGGAUUUGCAGGAGUCUUCCCUGAGCACAAGUACGAGAUCGUUAAAAAACUCCAAGAAAGGAACCACAUAUGUGGUAUGACUGGAGACGGUGUCAAUGAUGCCCCGGCACUUAAGAAGGCGGAUAUCGGUAUUGCAGUGGCUGAUUCAACCGAUGCAGCCAGGAGUGCGUCAGACAUAGUGUUGACUGAGCCAGGGUUGAGUGUGAUAGUGAGCGCGGUGUUGACGAGCAGAUCCAUCUUCCAAAGGAUGAAGAACUACACCAUCUAUGCCGUUUCCAUCACGAUACGUAUCGUGUUGGGAUUCAUGCUGGUGGCACUCAUUUGGAAGUUUGAUUUCUCACCAUUCAUGGUGUUGAUCAUUGCAAUCCUCAAUGAUGGAACCAUCAUGACCAUCUCAAAGGAUAGGGUGAAGCCAUCUCCAAAGCCCGACUCGUGGAAGCUGGACGAAAUAUUUGCCACCGGGAUUGUCCUUGGAACAUACAUGGCUAUUGUGACCGUCUUCUUUUUCUGGCUUGUUCAUGACACCGAUUUUUUCACCAAAACUUUUGGUGUGAAGCCAAUCAAGGAUAGUCAGGCCGCACUUACUUCAGCUCUCUACCUUCAAGUCAGUUCCGUCAGUCAAGCACUCAUCUUCGUCACACGGUCCAGGAGCUGGUCUUUCGUCGAGUGCCCUUGUCUCUUGCUUAUCAUUGCCUUCAUCUUAGCGCAAUUGGUGGCGACUUUGAUUACCGUGUACGCUACCUGGGAAUUCGCCAGAAUGCAAGGCAUUGGAUGGGAAUGGGCGGGAGCAAUCUGGGUGUUCACUGUAGUCACGUACAUUCCUCUUGAUAUUCUCAAGUUCAUCACCCGCUACGCGUUGACCGGCGAUGCCUGGGGAAACGUAGUUCAGAGCAAGACCGCAUUCAGGGGAGAAAGCGAGACACUACUAGUGGCACCAAAUCAACAUGCACAUCAAGGCGUUUCAGCAUCCCCUGAGACAUAUUCCAAUGACAAGAUUGCGCAAAUGGUUUAACACAGCAGACUCCAGUUAGU